AAGGCACGCGGCAUCGGACAUGAAUGAGCUGAAGCGAGACGUGAAGAUGACUUUGAAGAUUCUGCAUACCAUUGGGACAAUCUCUGCGUUUAGUGGUUAUGAAGCUUGCUCUUGCACUGGGAGGUGCACGGAAUACACGGUCUACCAAUGAAAAUCCUGAACCUCCUUGGAAGGAGUCAUUGGGCAAAACCUUGAGACUACCACCACAGGUCCUCACCAGGCAAUGUCUUAUGCCUGAUAAAGUCGAUGUGUCGUUCUGUCUUCUGCUCUUCUGCUCUUCUCUAUCAGCAUCAGCAUCUGCAUUUUCAUACCAUAGCACUCUGAACAAGCCCUAGGCCCCUAUCUCGAAUACACAACAACUUACACUGCUGUUACUGGAAGGAAUCAUCAUGUCUCGCUCUCUCAGACCCCGAGCAUACGACAACUUGCCCCCAGAACGCUACCAGGGUCGUGCCUCAUUCGGAGAGCCACCGCUCAAGGUAAAGCGGAAGAGAAUGGCGGACCAGACGCUGACCAUGAUCGACGGCGUUCUCACGACAAUGGGUCUAAGCGACAACCCAGAAUCGACAUUCUUUUCGAAACAACUUGGACCACUCGAAAGAGACGCGUGUCCCGGAUACAUUCUUCCACAGAUCAAGGUUCGCUACGGAGAUACGUUCUCCUUGACUCGACAGCUUGCAAAAUCCCGACCCGAGUACGCACGCGAGGGCAAGCUGGCUGUGCUUAACUGUGCUUCUGACAUGGUAAUAGCUGGAGGCUGGCGACAUCGGUACGGCACGACUCAGGAGGACGCGCUCUGCUACUCGUCCACGCUGUGGCCGACGCUCGAGCGGUGGACACACAAAUACCCUUGGCGAAAUGCCGUACCAAUAUAUCACAGAGUCAGUAGAGGAGGAACCCAGUGCGCGGGGAUAUUCAGUCCGCAUGUGGUGAUCUUUCGGGACGAGUUGAUGAAAGAAUGCCAAAUCCUGCCACGAAAGGAUUGGACAAGUGUGAGCGUGGUCAGUGUGGCGGCCCUGGCUUGUCCACCGCAAGUGAAGGAUAGCAAGACCGGGGAACUGCGCUUCAAGCUCGACAAGGACGUGCAUACGAUACGGGAACGGUUUAGAAUGAUUCUACGUAUGGCGGCACGCCAUGGGAAGAGUGUGUUGGUGUUGGCGGCGCUGGGGUGUGGCGUUUGGAGGUGUCCUCCACGACAAAUGGCUGAGUUGCUCAAGGAGUGUCUUGCUGAGCCGGAGUUCGAGGGGUGGUUCGAAGAGAUUUUGGUCGGGAUUUAUGAUGACGAGGUGUGCAGGGUUUGGCGGGAGGUGCUUGAGGCCAAAGGGGUGUCGUAGAAGAAGAGCGGAUCGUGAGCCCUAGGCACACCUGCUCGGCAGAGUGAUUGAGGGUGCGUCUUGUGACAGUACAAUAUGAUAUGCCAUGAGACACUGGUUUCUCCGGUACUGCCAAUGCCGAAGGUGCGACUUACACAGAAUGAUUGAAUUGAGAUUCAGCGACAAUCCAGAUGAAACUUAAAGUUUAGGCA